AUGUCGUGGUUGUUGGCUCCGCGGAUGGAGACGUGUCUCAGCAGCUGGCCGGGGCGCCACAAGUACAAACGGGCGAUGCAACUGCGGGGAUGGCUAAGCGCCGGACAUGGGGGGACGGGACGCUGGCCCAAUCCAAAAGCGCAACGGCCCGUUCGAAAGAAGGACAGCCGAGACUGCUUAGCCCUUGCUUUCAUCAUUCUCAACACGGCGUCGACCAACCUAGCGCACGAGAUGCUCUGCGCCUUCUGCGAUGGGCUCUCCAUCAGCCUUUUGAUGGAUUUGGUGGAUAUCGACGAGGUCGGAUGGCCCCACAGAUUUCCUCAAAAGGCAUUCUACCAGCAUCAUGCCUCGAUCGAGGAUCUUGUCGAGUCUGCUGAUGGCGGCUGUGAGAUUUGCCAGACUAUCGUGGCAUGCGCCAAAUUCGAGCCAGAUUGGAAACACGGCACUCAUUUCGCAUGGGUGGAGGCUAGCAGCAAGUCGGGAGACAGCACCGACGUCAAGAUCUGUUUGAGCACAAGCUAUAGGAGCGACGACGACGAGACCAUGACCUUCGACCUGCUCCAUGUGCAGUUUGGGCGCCAGAAGCACCCGGAUUAUCACCACGAUGCUGUGGCCGACGACCCCUCGGAGUUUAGGGCUGAUCCGGUGCCAAUGGAAAUUACUGUUCCCAUAGACAACCCGGGCUCGGUUCUCCUCGGGAAAAACCAGUCUCGAGUUGGCCGCCGGGAGCUUGACUUUGAUCUGGCUUCCGACUUCAAUUUCGAUAUCGCUCGAAGUUGGAUUACAAAUUGCAUCGAAAACCACGAGAAUUGCCCUGGACUUCGGACCUAUGAGCUGCCCACCAGGCUGGUCUAUACUGGUUUGGAGCCGGACUGGUCCCGCCUUCGUCUUGUCCAGCCACCGAAGGGCGCAAAGGGGCAAUACGGAGCUCUCACACAUUGCUGGGGGCCCGAUAAAAUUGCGACAAGAUUGCUGAAGAGCAAUCUUGCGAACUUCCUCGAGCACAUCCCAUUCUCGGAUUUAUCAAAAAACUUCCAAGAUACUCUCAUUAUAGCCAACGAGGUUGGCUGCCCUUAUGUCUGGAUCGACUGUCUCUGCAUCAUCCAGGACGACAGUGAAGAUUGGCAAACCGAGUCUGCCAAAAUGACCGAGGUAUAUAGUCACGCAACCUUGACCAUCUCCGCCUCGGCCUCACCAGGGAGCGCUGCUGGUAUCUUCAACCAAUAUUCGAGCUCCCCCGACACUAAAGGAGACGGAAGACACCCAUCGGCCGAGCAUCGGGAAAACUCCACUACGAUGAGAGUAUUCCCAAAGUCAUCGCCGGACAAUACCGUGGUCAAGAUCGGCCCCAACGUCUAUCCGCAAGCGCAUAUUAAGCCCUAUCGAUACAUGGACCCGGAUGUAUACGAAGUGGUCAGCGAGAACUUGGACUCCAUCGAAUCUAGCGGACCCUUGAGCUCUCGGGCCUGGACUCUACAGGAAAAAGUCCUUUCCCCCAGAAGAUUGAUCUACGGGCAGAAACAGAUUUAUUGGCAGUGUGUAUCCGUCUGGGCCUCGGCGGAUGCCCUCCCAGGAGCCCUCCUGGACACCUCGGCAGACCAUGUGAUACUUCUCUUGGCCCUGCACGAUCCUACCUACGAUUGGGAGUCGAUGGCGUCAGACAGAAUGCGAAGAAACCUCAAACGGGAUUACUACGGGCUGGCCUGGGACUUCCAGUCGCGAGAUCUGACCUUUGGCGAAGACAAGCUACCGGCAUUUUCAGGAAUAGCAAGGACCUUUCUGCGAUUCUUUGGUGGUGAAUACCUGGCAGGCAUCUGGUCAACCGACAUCCACAACGGUCUGAUGUGGAGUGGGGACAGCAGCAACGCCUGGGAAAAGUUUUACCGGGCGCCAACCUGGAGCUGGGCCUCAAGAGACGGACCGGCGGACUUCCUGACGGGGGGCCCGCGGGGCCACUACAGAGAAAAGUGUCUCUGCCCCGAGUCGCCGGACUUGGAGGUUUUGGGACACGAGAUAUGCCCGUCGGAGCCGAGCAACCCCUACGGGCAGAUCAAAGAUGCCAAGCUCUUCGUAAGGGGCCACACAAAAAGACUCAUCCGGAGCAGAAGGCACCUCUGGCAGACCCGAACAGAAGACAAAACAUCGGUCGGGAGCACGUAUUCCAUGCAUUGGGAUGAUAAUGUGAGGCUGCCUGAGGAAGAGAUCUUCCGAACGACACUGGACGGCGAGGAUGUCUUCCUGGUGCUCGGUGACGAUGACCCAUCCAGCUUCUGCUUGUCUCAGACCCCGGAAAUGGAAUUUCUCGUUGUUUUUGUGGCGACGAUCACAAACCACGUCUGCAAGGCCGGACCGAGCACCGCCCGUCCCCCCACGCGGGGUGAGCCAGAUGCGGAAGCCUACGACGGAACGGAGACGGAAAGUGCAGAGGACGACGCGGAAGCCUGUUCGCAGAAGGGCCACGACGAGGAAAGUCAGGAGACUUGCGAGAAGAAAGAAAAAGAAGGGGUAAAAGAGGAAGCUCGCCCGAUCAGCUUUCUGGAGGCUGCGAUGAGUGACGUAUCGUUGUGGAUGUGGACCGAAGACUCGGCGCAACCAUAUGCCGAAUGGGAGAGAGAAGAUUGGUACCGGUUCAAUGCAGACUGGGAUCCUGAGGUGGAUAAUUGGGGCUAUUUCCACCUCGUACUACUCGUGCUUGUCCCAGACAGCGACGGAGGAGACCCGUGCGCCUACAGAAGAGAGGGUAUCAUCGAGCUGCCAAGGAUGACGUGGGAGUAUGUUCGGAGCUGGAAAGUGGAAAACUUGACACUUGUGUAAGAUAGCUGCCUCGAUCAGAUCACUCGAAUAAGCACCCCCAUAGAUGUCUAUAUCCACCAACUGCCCAUCCGAA